AUGCCCGACACGGGGACAGGCGCUGCAGUCGCGGCGGCCGCCAGUGGUGCGACCACCGCCGGCGACGGCACAGAGAGCUCCCGGCACCGACACCGAGCGCAGCAGGGAGACGCGGAGAGGCCGGAGCCGGGCGCUGCCCCGCCACAAGCCUCGUCCGGUGUGCUGGAUAAGUUGUUUGGAAAGCGGCUGCUACAGGCCGGGAGACACAUCAUGUCUCAUAAGUCUUGGAUGAAAACGGUGCCCACAGAGAACUGUGAUGUCCUCAUGACAUUUGCAGACACUACAGAUGACCACACGUUGCUAUGGCUACUGAAUCACAUCCGACUGGGAAUCCCAGAGCUCAUCAUCCAAAUCCGACACCAUAAGCGCACACGAGUCUACGCAUUCUUCGUCACCGCUACAUAUGAAAAUUUGUUGCGAGGUGCUGAGGAGAUGGGACUUAGGAAGGCGGUGAAGCCCGAGUUUGGCGGAGGAACACGAAGCUUCUCCUGCGAGGAGGACUACAUCUACGAGAACAUCGAGAGCGAGCUGUGCUUCUUUACGUCACAGGAGAGGCAGAGCAUCAUUAAAUACUGGAUGGACAAUCUACGGGCCAAACACGGGGAGGUGCUUCAUAAUAUAAGCUUCCUGGAGGGCCAGCCAAUCAUCCCCGAGCUGAGUGCGCGCGGUGUGAUCCAGCAGGUUUUCCCUCUCCACGAGCAGAGGAUCCUGAGUCAGCUCAUGAAGUCUUGGGUCCAGGCUGUUUGUGAGAAACAGCCCUUAGAUGACAUCUGUGACUACUUUGGGGUGAAGAUUGCCAUGUAUUUUGCCUGGCUGGGAUUUUACACCACGUCUAUGUUAUAUCCUGCUGUGAUCGGCUUCGUGCUGUGGAUGCUCACCGAGUCGGAUCAGACGAGCCGGGACAUCUGCUGUGUGGUGUUUGCACUGUUCAACGUGGUGUGGGCCACUCUGUUCCUGGAGCGGUGGAAGAGGAGGGGGGCCGAGCUGGCGUACAAGUGGGGAACUCUGGACAUGCCUGCCGAGUCCCUGGAGGAGCCGCGGCCUCAGUUCCGGGGAGUCAAGCGCUGCAGUCCCAUAACAGGAUGUGAGGAGUUCUACUAUCCUCCGUGGCGGAGGCGGGUGUUCAGGUGGUUGGUCAGCCUGCCCAUCUGUAUCCUCUGCCUCUGCUUUGUCUUCCUGGUUAUGCUCAUCUGCUUUGAGCUGCAGGAGUUUGUGAUGGGGAUCAAGGAAAUGCCUCGGCUAGCUCGCUUCAUCCCCAAAAUCAUGCUAGCUAUCACUGUGACUGCAUGUGACGAGGUGUACAGGAAAAUUGCCUGCUGGCUCAAUGACAUGGAAAACUAUAGACUCCAGAGUGCCUAUGAGAAAAAUCUCAUCAUCAAAAUGGUUCUUUUUCAGUUUGUAAAUUCUUAUCUCAGCCUUUUUUACAUUGGAUUCUACCUCAAAGACAUGGAGCGACUGAAAGAGAUGUUAGCCACUCUGCUCAUUAUACGCCAGUUCCUUCAAAAUGUGAAGGAGGUGCUGCAGCCUUACCUGUAUGAGCGCCACAAGCUGGGCGAGCUCACGCUGCGAGCUGUGUGGGACCUGCUGCUCUCAGUGCUGCUAAAAUACGCCCGGCUGGCAGCUGGAAAAGCCCAGGCCUCUCCCACUGACCAGGCCAUGCCAGGACCUGGACUGAGGGGCACCAGGCCUGGGUUGGGGUCAUCAGAAAGAAGGGAAAAGAAGUGUCUGAACGGGGGCUGUGGGGUGCCCGAUGAGGAGGACGGGGGUGAGAGGGACGAGGCUGACAGCGGGAGGUUCAGUGAGGGAGAGACGGAGGAGGAAAGUCUGAUCGACUGCGGUUUGAAGCUGAGGAAAGUCAGCUUCAUUGAGAAGGUGGACAGAAGGCCAGCCUGCAGUGGGCCCCCCAUGGACAACAGUUUCCUGGAGGAGGGGAGCCCCACUAUGGUGGAAAAAGGAAUGGACCCUGCCUCUGUAUUUGACUUGUGCGACGACGACGACGACAAUGGCAUCCAUGACGUGAAGGAUUCAGGUGCGGGUGGGACGAAUGUGGCUGAGGGAGCUCAUGCUGCUGCUGGUGCUGCUGCUGCAGCUGCUGCCAGCAGCGCUGCCCCGUUGCCUUCUGGGUCUGAGAGCAGCACGACCCUGCGACACAGAAGAACAGGCAAGAGCGCAGAGAGACCCGAGCAGAAGACAAAAAGGGAAUCGUGGAUGGACCCCCCUGAAGAGAGAGACAGUAAUACUCUCACUCAGGCUGAGAUGGAGAGCUGCAUGCAGACUUAUGCUGAUACCUUCCAGGACUACCAAGAGAUGUUUGUCCAGUUCGGCUACGUGGUGCUCUUCUCGUCGGCCUUCCCUCUGGCCGCCAUGUGCGCUCUCAUCAACAACAUCAUUGAGAUCCGCAGUGAUGCCUUCAAGCUGUGCACUGGUCUGCAGAGGCCCUUUGGAGUCAGAGUGGAGAGCAUCGGCCAGUGGCAGACUGCGAUGGAAGCCAUGGGCCUGAUUGCCAUCAUAGUGAACUGUUACCUGAUUGGUCAGUGUGGUCAGCUACAGCGUCUCUUCCCGUGGCUCAGCCCUGAGAUGGCCAUCAUCUCCAUUGUCAUCCUCGAGCACUUUGCCAUCCUGCUGAAGUACGUCAUUCAUGUAGCCAUCCCUGACAUUCCUACAUGGGUCUGCGAGGAGAUGGCUAAACUGGAUUAUCAGCGCAGGGAGGCCUUUAAGAAACAUGAACGGCAGGCGCAGCAACAUUACCAGCAGCUGCAGAGGAGGAAGAGGGAGGAGGAGGAGAGGCAGAGGCAGGCGGAGCACAUGGCCCGCAGGGAAAGGGAGCGGGACGACAGCAAGGGCGACUCCUCCGGGGAUCACCACCACGACAAAAGUCACAGCAGCAAGUCACGCCCUGGGAGUGGAGGCGGAGGGGGCGGCGGGUCGGACAAGCCCAAGAGGCCCAGCUCUCUGUUAGCCAACAAUAAUGUGAUGAAGCUGAAACAGAUCAUCCCCCUGCAGAGUAAGUUCUCCUCGGGUGGCGCUCGCUCCCCUCAGUCACCCACGGGAAGUGAGCCAAAACUGCCCGGUUUCCUGAGCUUCAAAUUCCUCAAGUCACCUGAGAAUAAGAAGGAAGGAGCUGCGGCUUCCGCUGCUGCCACCGCAGCCGCUAACGCCACAGCGACAGCAUCCUCAUCAGCAUCGUCAUCAUCGUCAUCUUCAUCAGGUAGCAGCUCUCAGGAGCGUUCUCAGUCACCCAGCAAAGCCUUCAACCCUGGGAAACUGUUUAACUUUGGGAAGUCUGAGGGGGGGACGUGUGUGAACGGGGCUGCGAUGCCCAGAUCCGGGGAUGGAGCGUCAUCGCACACGUCAGAAAGACAACCAUCCAGGUCUGACUUGAACGGCGUUCCUGACGAGAUCCCCUCGCCUGGAGGGGAGGGAUCAGAGAACGGACAUUCAACAGACUUGGACCCGACUGGUUCGAAAAUCUAGUAGCUCCGUAGAGAACAAACUUGUUGUUGGUUACAUCUCAAAUGACAAAGUGAUGUGUUUACUGUGAGGAAAGACCUGACCUACCAUCUGUGCUGUCACAGGCUACGUGUAGAGCAGAGAAAGGAACAGAUGAAACUGAUGAGAGGUGACUUUUUGGUUUGGUUUGCUUUUUUUGCUGACACAAAAAGACAGGCUUUAUAAGAAAGACGUAAGCCCUCCUAUCAUGUCAAAUGAACACACACACACACACACACACACAUGCAAAUCCUUCCUUGUCUGCAAUACAUCAAGAAAUGCAUGAGCUGCGUUUCUAAUAUUUUUAAGCCUUUAAAGCAGAGAGCUGUGUUUCUUAAUUUCUUCUAGUCAUAAAUUGUAAGCAUCUCACUGGCCUCCAACUUAGACAUAACAGCUUGUUGAGGAGGAAAAAUACUUUGAAAUGCAUACAGUGGUAUGAAAGCAUCACAGACUGUACAUCAGAUAACUAGAGAGAGUGUUUUUAGCUGUCACAACACAAGUGGUCAGUAGAUAUUGUCUGAUUUUUAACUGUGAGGAUUUCUCGGGCCCUUCACUUUUAUAUUGAAAAAUGGAAAAGCAAUAUUAUUCCGUGUUUUAAUUACUCUUAUCCAUUAUCAGACCAAAUUCUCCCUUAAAUAGCAUCCCUAUUAUGUCACCAGCUUUAUUUUCAAAGCACAGGUGAUGUCUGAGCUUUGCGCACGUCUCCCCAUCCUGCGACAGUAGCAGAUUUGUCCAAAAAGGGAGUAAAGACUUUGGUAGGUCGAGCUGUCACAUACCAGUAUUUUUCCCAAUAGAGCAAAAGAAAAAGAAGAAAAAAGGCAAAAAAUAAACAAACAAAUAAAUACAUAAAAAAACAAAAGUACACAGAGGUGAUUUUGAGAAAACGGAGAAUGGAGGCCUGUUCUCCUUCCAAGCCCGUAGAGAGCCUUGUAAACACAGAUGGUGCUCCAUUUCACACACUCCAACCAGACUUUGGCAAACGAGCGUAGAGUUAAAGAAGUAACAUUUGCACUAAACACCUACUCCCUGCAUAGAAACGUCUCUUCCUCUGCGAGAGAGAGGCCCGACACCAGCCUGCCUCAUAACAUUAUGCAAAAGCUGGAUUGUUUUGAUUCCCUCCUUUCACACAGCACAUGCUAUCCACUCACCGGCCCCUCCCCUCAGCAACUACGGGAUUUUUCUUUUUUUUUUUUUUUUAACAAUAGUUGCUCUUUUUUAUGUUGAGCUCCAUGUCUUUUUUUACACACACCAUUUGCUGCACUGCUUUAUCGCAGUGCUGUAAAUGGCAAAUUUCUUUUUUAACCAAAGUGGUAUUUUUCGGAUUAUACUGUUAACCCAAGAUGUAUGUACUGUAUGUUCUGUUAAUAGUGUACAUCAACACUGUUUAUAGUAGAAGUUAUUUUACUGUUGUAAGCAAGGCCAUAAUCUCCCAUUAAACCGUAUUUCACUUCUGCGGGAUCUCCAGAAGGUGGCGCCAGAGCUUAUUUGCAUAGCAAAAUCUGAUGUUGGAACACUUCUUCUGAUUCACAAUUGAAUUUUUACCCGUAACAUCAGCAUGGGGAAGUCGUGAGUGUAAAGCAGGGUUAGCAAAAUUAAGAGCGUCAGGCUGCAGCUUAAGAGCACUUCGAGAGGAAAAUGUUUUAUGGUGACAUUAGAGAAGGGAAAGAAUAAGAAAAGUUUCACAGGCCGUCACACUGUAGGCUGAGAGACAGAAACAUUAACUAUGCAUUUCCACACCAUCAACUCUGGCAAGGAUUUUGGCAAUAACACUGAGUUGUAGGAGACUUUACAUGUAAUACUUAAAGUCUAGACUGACUCUCCCACCCACAGCACGAAUCCUUCUGUAUUAUCCCCAGCCAGACUCUAUGCAUCUUUUCUUUGUGCCAGUUUUCACUCUCGGCUCUCUCCUGCCUCAUAUUUAAUGUGAGGAUUGUCCCCUGACUCACACUUAAAUUAAUAACACUGCUGUGUGUUCACAGAAUUUGUCUGUUCUGUUCUAGGGGUAACGACGACACUGAGUUUCAGACAGGAUUUCGCGUUUCCUGGCUACUUUCAUGUGUCUGUAAUAACUUUACAGCAAGUACGAUCCACCAUUCAGAAAAUACAAAAAUGUACUUCCCACAGACAGACAAAAAGAGAAAUCACUGAGAUUAAAUGCAAUAAGGAAUACACAAAACAUCAAUUUGUAUCAUUUUACUGUCAAUCCACAGUAUGUCCUUUAUACAUUUGGAUUUCGUUGUUCAUGAGAGAUGAGAAGUGCAAGGCUGAGGGAAACUGAAUAUGUCUCGGUUUCACGUGUUGUUCAUUGUUAAAAACCACGUGAUGCGGCUCAGGAUGGUAAGCGUAGCUGAACGUAUAGUCUCAGCAAAGCAUUUAUUUUGCAGCAUUUGGAUUUCAGGGAUGAGUGACGCCAUGAUGCAACCGAGUGCACAUACCAUCGUUUGAAAGUCUGUGAACGUUUGCCUGGAAAAUAACAAGCCAGUUUCAAGGUAAAGGUGAUAAAGGCAGAGUUAAGGGCAUUUUCUGAUGCUGGUACAUUGCGGUGAAGUUUAGGUCAUGCGCGGUUAUGUAGUUCCUCCUUAUUCAGGGAAAACUUACAGUACAACUUCAUAUAAUAGAAAUCGAUAGCAUUAACCAACUUCUUUCAUCCUUGGACUCUUGCUGGCAGCAACAAAUUCUGCAUGUGGUUAUUAUGGGGGUCUUUAAAUAAACACUGGUUGAGGUAAAUUAGCAUAUCUUGAGCAGUUUGGGGCAUCACUGAAAGCUUCAUCAAGAGGCAUCCCAUGCAUGAGGACUGCAGCUGUCUGUAAGUCACCUUCAGAGCAACCAUGUUUCUUUUAAGGAUUUGGGCUUGUCUCGACUUUAUGAGCACCAUCAGUCUAACGUGAAACCAGUAGAAGGGAAUUUAGUAAAUGUACUGUCUUUUUCUGGAUUUUAAGAGUGGAUCUGAACAGGUGAGAUUCUCAACACAGCUACAUUAAAAUCUCACUCUAACCUCAGUUUAAGAUAAGACAUCUUCAUGGAAGCCUCACUUACUGAACAUCAUACGCUCUUCCAAUGUACCACUGUACAAAAAAAAAAAAAAGAUCUUUUAAA